CACCUUGUUUAGUGUCCCCCACCACGCCCGAUCGCACAGGCACCAGCUCUCUCCGUACAGGAUCCUUCAAAGGUGUAUUUCCUGGAUACUGGCUCAAGAGCUGAAUGGCAGAUCCAGUUGUUGCUUCUGCCGCCAUGCUUGCAUCGUGGACUAGGGCUGUGUCAAGGCAGCAUUACGUUUGAGAAGGGGAAUUCUAAAAUCAGUAGGUAGGCAUAUGACUAGGCCGAAAAGAUAUCGAAACAGGAAAGUAGAGCAUGGUACCGAGAAAGUUAUCGAAGCGAGGGCGGCGGCCUGCGUCGAAGCUCACGCGAGUCUGGUGCGGGCUGUCGGUUCUGGCGAGAAGCUGAUGAAAAAUGCACGGGCGAAGGACAAGCUGACGAACAAGUACAACGUCAUCGACCUGAAGAUGGAGGCAGCCGGGACCAUGAACCGCAUUCCCGUGGGCGUGAUUCCCAUGGCGCCCGCGUGUGUCAAGGCGGUCCUGAACGAGAUUUCCCUGAGAAAGCAGCGCCGCACCUGCUGGAAGCUCGAGUACAGGGGGUUGACGCUCAACAUCCUGGCCGUCGACCGCGCCAAGAUGGACUUCGACAUCUCGCUGCGGGCCAUGGACGCGCUGACGGACGGGCAGUCGCAGAUGUUAGGCCGCAUCGAUGUGAAUGCAAUGAAGGUUCCUGUGGCGGCCUAUGGCAUUUGA